AUGGAAAAACACAAUGGAGGAUUUGAAGAGGAUAGCCUUUCAGAGGAAUUGGAACCAUCGUAUAAUGGGAACGAAAAAAACACUUUGCAAUUGGUUACUGAGAGCAUAGAUCCUGAAGAGGGCUGCAGCAACGAUACUCUAAUCAAAUUGAAGGAGAAGGACGGUACCCCUAAGCAAUUGGAAUGGUACUACGCUCCUGUGUUCUUGCUCUUCUGGGUCGGACUAUUCUUCGCAGUGUGCUAUCCCCUUUUUAAUCACCUGCCAACUGGCGUAAAGAUAGAGGAGGAGUCUAACUUACCGGGAACCUUUGUGGCCCAGCGUGCUGAAAGCAUACUGCUCCAGCUAGAUCUCAUGGGUCCCAAGAUAGCCGGCGAUUAUGUGACGGAGGUUCUCAUGGUUCAGUUCCUGCUCGCCGAGAUAUCCAAGGUGCGUGAAGAGAUGCGAGACGAUCUCUAUGAAAUGGAGGUGGAUGUACAGCGCUCCAGUGGAGCCUUUCUUCACUGGCAAAUGAUAAACAUGUACCAGGGCAUCCAAAACGUGGUGGUGAAGCUUAGUUCCAAAAGUUCCAACAGCACCUCCUAUCUUUUGGUAAACAGUCAUUACGACUCUAAGCCCAGCAGUGUGGGAACUGGAGACGCGGAGGUCAUGAUUGUGACCAUGCUGGAGACACUGCGUCUGAUGGCCACAUCCGAGGAGCCCUUCCUGCAUCCUAUUGUGUUUCUGUUUAACGGCGCCGAGGAGCAGCCCUUCCAUGGAUCACAUUCGUUUAUAUCGAACCACCGAUGGUCAGCCAACUGCAAAGCAUUAGUCAAUUUGGAUUCGGCCGGUGCUGGCGGUCGCGAAAUUCUCUUCCAGGGGGGUCCCAACCAUCCUUGGCUAAUGAAGCAAUACAAAAAGAGUGCCAAGCAUCCGUUUGCCACCACGAUGGCCGAGGAAAUUUUCCAGGCUGAUCUAAUACCCUCGGAUACGGAUUUCCGAAUCUUCAGAGACUUUGGACCGGUGCCAGGUCUGGACAUGGCUGGUUGCUAUAACGGCUUUGUCUACCACACCAAAUUCGAUCGCUUUAAAGUUAUAUCCCGAGGUGCACUGCAAAACACUGGCGAUAAUGUACUUUCUCUGGUUCGCAGUAUAUCCAAUGCCGAGGAAAUGUAUGAUACUGAGGCUCACUCAAAGGGUCAUUCGGUUUUCUUUGACUAUUUGGGUCUUUUCUUCGUUUACUACACCGAGUCUACGGGCACUGCUCUGAAUAUUUCCUUUUCCUUGGGAUCUAUCCUCGUUAUUUGUCUCUCCUUGUGGCGCAUGGCUAGGGUUACGAAUCGGAACGUGGGUACCUAUGCCCGGGCCUUUGGAAUGCAGUUCCUCCUGGCAAUACUGGGAUUUUUGUUGGCCCUUGGUUUUCCACUGCUGAUGUCUGUGUUCUACGAUGCCGGUGAUCGCACGAUGACCUACUUCAGCAACAGCUGGUUGGUUAUUGGUCUCUUUAUCUGCCCCUCAGUUAUUGGUCUAGUCUUACCCGCCACCCUUUACUUGUCUCUGCGUCCCAGUGAAAAUAUACCGCACACCUACCACCUACAGAUCGUCGGACAUGCUAACUGUGUUCUACUGGCAGUACUUUGCAUUUUACUCACGGCUGUGGGCAUUCGCACGGCAUAUCUUUUUAUGAUGUGUGUGUUCUUCUACUUGGGAGCUUUGAUCAUAAACCUGGCCAGUCGACUUCAUGAUAAGGGUUAUAUCUGGGCUGUAGUGCUCGGUGUCUGCCAGGUACUCCCAUUUCUGUAUUUUACCUAUCUGUUUCUCGCCCUUCUGGUCAUCACCAUUCCGAUGACGAGCCGCAAGGGCAUGGAUGCAAACCCUGAUUUACUGAUCUCCUUAGAGUGCGCACUGGGCUCAAUUCUGGCAAUGAUGUUUUUGGCUCCUCUUCUGAACAUCUUCAAGCGACCCAAAAGCAUGGUUGGUGGCUUGGCAUUACUAAUGUUUAUUUUCUGCAUGAUCUCUGUUUCGGAUGUGGGCUUUCCCUAUCGUGCCAAAACAAAUGUGAUGCGUCUACACUUUUUGGAGGUACAUCGCAAGUUCUACGAGUACGAUGGCUCCAUAAGCUUGGAGGACAGUGGCUACUACUUUGAUUUGCAGGACAGGCGUCUAGAGGCACCUCUGCUCGACAAGAUCAACCUCACUGGACUCACUAGACUCGAUGAGCAAUGCGAAUCGGAGAUGUAUUGUGGCCUUCCGUGCUUUAAUCAUCGUUGGUGUUCCGCCGUAAAAGACGCACGUUGGUUGCCUCGAGAAGAGCCAGUUGAUUUGCCUGGUUCUCCGGUUUUGCAGCUUCAGAACAAGACGGUUUUGGGAACCGAGACUGACCCGAAAGUUCGUUAUCACUUCAUCGUCUCAGAAGGUCCACCAAGAAUGAGUUUCUUUAUACAACCCAUGGACGGUGUGAGAAUGCUGCACUGGUCUUUCCUUAAGGGAAUGCUUGACAAUCCAUCAGUCUAUAAGCCUCCAUACCACAUUUUCUUUGGAUACGGUAGCGACAGCUCAGCUGUCGAGUUCUAUUUAGAAAUGACGAAGGACGACGGAAACUUCGACGGUCCCUUAGUUCAGUUGGGCAUCUCUGGGCACUAUAUGAGCCACCUAAGUAAUCGCGAUGCUACGACUCUAAAAUUCAUCGAGGACCUCCCAGACUUUGCUCACCCCAUGGAGUGGCCAAGUUCCUACGAACGAUAUAUAUUCUAGUGUUAAAUCAUUUUAUAUAGUUUUUACAUU